UCCAUUUUUUUAAUAAACUGUCAAAGUCACAUUGAUUCGUGUUAGGUUAAGUUUGGAUUUUGGAAAUAAAAACACAGUUUGAAAUAUAUUUAUUGCUCAGAUUAAAGAGAAGCUAAGAUUGUGAAGUUAUUGAAAUAUAAAUAUGCCGGAUAUCGAGAUGGAAAGGGUGCCAGAAAACGGUUCAGAUUAUGAAAGUGACCAAAAUAGUGAAGACAAUACAUUGAAACAAGAUAAACUUGUUCGUAAGAAGAAAACUAGGAAACGAGGGAUAGUCUACUUAUCUACGAUUCCUCCGUACAUGAAUGUAGCUAAAAUACGCGAGAUAUUUAGUCAGCACGGGGAUAUUGGAAGGAUUUAUUUACAACCAAGUAAUAAACAAGGUGAAAAAAGAAAAAGAAUACCAAACCAAUUUACAGAAGGCUGGGUAGAGUUCCAGAAGAAAAGAGUUGCUAAAGAGGUGGCAGCCAAGCUGAACAACACAAAAAUUGGUACAAGAAAGAAAUCCCGAUACUAUGACAUGAUAUGGAAUAUAAAAUACAUACCAAGAUUUAAAUGGAUACAUCUGAGCGAAAGACUUGCUUACGAGAAAGCAGCACUGAAACAGAGACUCCGAGUAGAGAUAGCACAGGCUAAGAAGGAGGCACAUUACUUACAGAACAAUGUGGAGAAGAGUAAAAAAAUUAAGAAAAAAAAGGUUACUGCUGAAUAAACUAUUUUAUAAAAAAA